AGAUUAAAAUCAAAAAGUGACGAAAAUAAUAAUCGUCGAUAAGUAACAAUUUUAUAAUUCGAAAAUUUUUGAUAAUUCAUGCAUCUUAAUGCAUAUGCAUUAGAAAAUUUUGUAGGUUAGAAAAUAUUUUUUCUUUUAUUUCUUUUUAAUUUAAUGAAUGUAAUUUAAUUGUGCUGUUAAAAUCAAUCAAAGUAAAAUAGAUUUUUAUCAUUGAAUAAUGUAUAAGGUGUUGUGAUUUUCUCUUACGUUUUAGCGUGUUUCUGUCGUAUUUUGAAAAAUGGAAAUUUAAUUCGAAGCUUAUUUGCAGCUAUUAUUAAAAAAAAUAAAAAAUUAAAUGAUGGAGGCCUAUGACGACGACGAUGACGACACUCACUUUUGUAUAAAAUGCAAUUCAACAAUUCACGGUUUGGAGAAUUAUGUUCGUCAUCGACAAUCUGGAUGUCGUGUUAAAACAGAAGCUCAUGAUGCACCAUCAACUCCAACGACAGUGUCAUAUCCAGAAAUUUUGAAUGCCGACGCUUUUUUCAAUUCAUUGGAGCUUCAAAGUAGUUCAAAAUCAAAUUCACGUAGAACAACUUCAGGUGAUCGUUCAAGAAAAUCAGGAAGAAAUGAAGAUCGAAAGAGGAAAAAUCAAAAGGACAAAAGUCCAGAAGACACUUCAAAAGAUAAACUCCACAAUUUACUACCGGUCGUCACUGAUCUUGAUGAUCCAACUGAUCAUCUUGGAAUUCCAUCAUUGGUUGGAUUUCCCGAUAUUGUUGCAACCAGUAAACCAUCGACUUCAGUAAAAAUAUCAUUGGUUUCCUCAAUAAAAAUAGAACCAUCCGAUUUUCAUGGAAAGCAUGAUUCAUUGGAGAGUGUCAUUUCAAAGCAGUUGGAUAGAAAACGUGAUGAUCCUCAGAGAUUAGAUCCAGAUCAUCCGGGUUGGCUGGAUGAUUCCCUCUUGGUUGAUUUGGUGGGAAAUCCAGUCAAUAAGGAUGCAUCUAGUCUAAGUAGAUUUGAGGAUUUUGAUUAUCAGCAAGAGGAAGAAAUGGAGGAAGAGAGUGGAGAGGAGUACGUUGAAGAAGAUGAAUCAUUCUCGGAAUCGGAUGAUGAAGAUCGCAGCUAUCCUCCUCUCAGUCACACAGGAGGAAAAUGGAAGCCAGGUCUCGGGAGCAUGUCACAAACAAUAUCACACGAUCUUCAUGAAGAUGAUAUCGAAAUGACAAACGAAGACGAACAGGAACAACAUCAUCAUCCUCCGCCUUCACACACUGGUGGAAAAUGGAAGCCUACUGAAAGCAAUUCCAUGGAUGAUAUAGAGUUGAUGGAGCACAAAAUGGAUAUAGACCAACCACCACUGGGACAUACUAGAGGAAAAUGGGUACCCGGAGCACGUGCUGAUAUAAGCUCAGGAUAUUGGUGCAGUCCUUGUGGUAGAAAUCUGGCUUCACGUGUACUCUACAACAGGCACCUGCGCUCUGACCUUCACGCCAGGAGAAACAUGCAGGAAAUCGAUGGUGUUGUACAAUUUCCUCAAUCUGUCAACCGAAAAACGAAGCUUCAAGAGAGAGCUGAAAAUAACGAAGAAAAUUCAAAUGAUGGACAACAGAUAGUCAAGAAACAGAUUCGAAAGAGAGAAAAAGAGAUUUUGACUUGUGAGAUGUGUUGCGCUCGAGUGCGUCGCCCACAAAUGGGAAAGCAUCUACUUUCCCAUUAUCACUGUCGAGUAGCAGGUGCAAACCCUUUUAGAGCUAAAGCCCAGCAAUUCCUUUUGGAGAACAUGGAGAACGUUGUUCGACAAUGUCCUUUUCAAUGUAGUCCCUGUAAAUUUUAUUGCAACACAGAAGACACCUUUUUGUUGCAUUGGCGAUCUUCCUUACACCUGUCGAUUAUCAGCAAGAUUGAUGGAAGUUUUAAAUGCGCCCCAUGUGCAUUUUGGUGUGAUGAAAAUUCAAGCAUGGAGUCCCAUCUUUUGAGUUCUUGUCAUCGGGAUUUGAUUUCUAUGAUGAAUGGCUCAAUUCCUACUGUGAUAUCAAGACAAAGAAGUCUAAUGUGCAUUACUUGCGAGCAGUCAUUUAGAUAUAAUAUAGAAUUAUGCCAACAUGCAAAGAGUACAGGACAUGAGGUUAAUUACACUGCUAGUGAUGAAUAUCAAAAAAGAAUUGGAUGUCAACUUUGCGAUGUCGUAUUUAGAUCAUUAGUUGCUUUACAACGACACCAAUUAACAUUUCAUAAGUCAGAAUCAAAUAAAAAUCCUGAACUAGAUCUUGUUCCGUACUAUUGCUCUUUUUGUUCUUUGAGUUUCAAAACAACAGAAGAUGCCAUUAUGCAUCGAAGAACUCUAGCGCAUAAGGAGAUAGUCAAGUCAACGAAAGCAGAUAAUCCUUCAGUCUCCAGAGAAUGCCUUAAUUGCAAUAAACAUCUGUCCAGCCUUUCAGAAUUAAGAACUCAUCUUCUCGAGGUUCAUCCUGAACUUUGCUUUAGAUGUCCAAAAUGUGCAAAGAUUUUCGCACUAUCUCAAGAUGUCUCGAGGCACACUAAAGAAGGCGAAUGUAAUCCACGUGAAAUUCCAAAUAUUUUAAAUGAUACCGUAGAAUGGAAAUGUAAUAUUUGUCCUUUUGCAACUGAUUUGCAGUCAGAAUUCAUGUUUCAUGAAGCUCUACAUGCAGGACCUGUUGAACCUAAAAUUGGUGAAGCUGGAAGUAGUAAAACUUGUGUCAAUUAUCGAUGUACUCUUUGCAAAAAAUGUUACUCGAAAGCAACAUUGCGAAAUCACAUCAGAGGUCACACUGGCGAAAGACCGUUUCCAUGCAGCAAGUGCAGUCACAGUUUCUCAAGGCGAAAUGACUUAAAUAUCCACCGUAAAACUUGCAGGCAAAUUUCUCAGAACGAUAAAUCAAAUCGGCAAAGAAAUUUUUCGUGUGCUGAAUGCAGUUCUGCUUUCUUUACCAAGCAUGCACUCCGACAGCAUAUGAUGAGGCAUAAUGGAAAACAAUACAAAUGCGGAUUACCGGGCUGCAUUACUUCGCUACGUACAGAAGCUGAAUUGAAAAAUCAUCAACUGCGAGUUCACGGAAGUCCAGAACAAAUAUAUCAAUGCAGUUACUGCAGUUAUACCGCUAAAUUGCGCUGGCAACUCGCAAGGCAUGAAAAAAAGCACAGGCCUCCAGAUGACGUGAAUGUUAAGCAACAUGCGUGUCCCUUUGGUGGCUGUCAAUUUCGGGCUGUUUCUACUGGUCAUAUCAAACGUCACGUCCGUACAAUACACACAAAUGAGAAACCUUACAAGUGUCGAUACUGCACUUACGCCAGUAGCACUUUGGAAAAUCUGAGGAAACAUAUUCUUUCAACGACUUUACACAUUGGCAAAACAAUUUAUGAGUGCGACGUUUGUAAGGAAAAAGGUCUGGAUCCCUACUGCACUAACUUUGCCAAAGAACUCAAGGCUCAUUUUAUUGAAGAACAUUCUGACGAAUUUCCAUCAAUGGAAAUUAUUAAUAACUAUGUAACAAAUUUUUUUGACUUUGUACAUGAAUAAAGGGUUCAUUUUUUAAUUUUGGUAA